CCUGUGUGAGAAUUGUUAGGAUACUGAACUGAGCGCAGAACUGUCUUACAUCCUGCCAUCUGCAGUCUUCCAGAAAAGGACAGGUCUCCUUUCAACCUAUUUCUUAAUUAGCACAUUCAUCCUGAACUGAAGAAUAAAUGGGAUCUGAAAUGAAUUUAAUAGGACAUCACCACCAGCUAGCCGCUACUGAUGGAUUUUCUCUUGCUGAAGGUCCUCAUUUGUUUGGUGUCCUUUCAGAGCCAAUGAGUUCUCCAGUGCAAGAGGCAGAUGUGUCACCCUACACACAGUACAACAGUGUGCCAUUUCCCCAAGUUCAGCCUCAGAUUUCAUCACCACCUUACUACUCCAACCUAGGAUUCUACCCUCCGCAGCAUGAGGAAUGGUAUCCCCCUGGGAUGUACGAGCUCAGGAGAAUACCCUCAGAGACCUUUUUCACAAGGGAGACAGAGAUAAUGGAUAUCCCUGCAGCCAAAAAGCCUAGACUGGGCCACUCCACAGGAAGAGUGAAAGGAGAAGAGCUCUGCGUGGUCUGUGGUGACAAAGCCUCUGGAUACCACUACAAUGCUCUUACUUGUGAAGGAUGCAAAGGGUUCUUCAGAAGAAGCAUCACAAAAAAUGCAGUAUACAAGUGUAAAAAUGGAGGCAACUGCGAGAUGGACAUGUACAUGAGGAGAAAAUGCCAGGAGUGCCGCCUAAGGAAAUGCAAGCAAAUGGGCAUGUUGGCUGAAUGUCUGUUAACAGAAAUACAAUGCAAGUCAAAAAGGCUACGGAAAAAUGUGAAACAGCCCCCAGAUCAGACAGCCAAUGAAGACAACGAAGGCCAUGACAUGAAACAAGUGACAUCUACAACUAAAAUGUAUAGGGAGAAAGUAGAAUUUACUCCAGAACAGCAGAACCUUCUUGAUUACAUCAUGGAUUCAUACAGUAAACAACAAAUACCACAGGAGGUGUCAAAAAAACUAUUACACGAGGAAUUCAGUGCUGAAGGAAACUUUCUGAUUUUAACAGAAAUGGCUACCAGUCAUGUGCAGGUUCUUGUGGAAUUCACUAAAAAACUACCAGGCUUCCAGACCCUUGAUCAUGAAGAUCAGAUAGCUUUGCUGAAAGGCUCAGCAGUAGAAGCCAUGUUCCUCCGCUCAGCUGAAAUCUUCAGUAGGAAACUUCCUACAGGACAUACUGUCCUUUUAGAAGAAAGAAUUCGCAAUAGUGGUAUCUCAGAUGAAUUCAUAACUCCCAUGUUUAAUUUUUAUAAAAGCAUUGGAGAGCUGAAGAUGACACAGGAAGAAUACGCACUGCUCACAGCCAUAGUUAUCCUGUCUCCAGAUCGACAAUACAUAAAGGACAGAGAGUCUGUGGAAAGGCUUCAAGAACCCCUUCUGGAUAUUCUACAAAAAUUUUGCAAACUUCACCAUCCAGAUAACCCUCAACACUUUGCAUGUCUUCUUGGCCGCCUUACAGAAUUACGGACAUUUAACCAUCAUCAUGCAGAGAUGCUGAUGUCAUGGAGAGUGAAUGAUCACAAAUUCACACCUCUUCUCUGUGAGAUCUGGGAUGUGCAGUGACGGAUGUUUUUAAUUUUAUUCUAGGAAAAAUAUCUUUUUAAAAGACCACAUAGCAUUUAUUUUCAUAGAAAAAUAUCCUACAGUACACUAAAUUUUCUUUACUGC